CGCAGGUGCGCGCCUGACAAUCUUACAAAGGGCGCAGGUGCGCGCUGAUUGAUCGCACACAUGCGUGAGGGUUGCCGUGUUUUUUUGCUGCUCUCUGGUUUAGCCGCUGUAUUCUGAAUUUGUAAAGGCAUUUUUUUUGUUUGGCUGCCAACAUGAGUGGCACCCCGUACAUCGGCAGUAAAAUUAGUUUGAUAUCCAAGGCGCAGAUGCGGUAUGAGGGAAUAUUGUCGUCGGUCGACACCGAUCGGUCCACCGUUGCCUUGGCUAAAGUUAAAUCCUAUGGGACGGAGGACCGGCACACAGAUCGACCAGCGCCGCCUAAAGAUGACAUUUAUGAAUACAUCAUCUUCAGAGGAAGUGACAUCAAAGAUAUCACCGUGUCUGAACCACCGAAACCUCACCACGGGCUACCUCGUGACCCUGCUAUUGUACAGUCAUCCGUUGGCAACUCGUCUGCUGGUUAUCACCCGCGCUGGAGUUCAUACAGGGACAUGAUGCCCACCUACAACCAGCUGGCUGCUACUUCUCUACUCAACCAGCAGUACAAUGCAGCACUGGGCUUAGUACCAGGAAUUCACGGCAUCCCGGCCAGAAGGGCCCCCAUGGUCGAGCAGGCUGUCCAGACGGUGCCCUUGGUCAGUGCCUCCCAGAAACGAGGGAAGACUUUGACCCAGCCACCGGCGAGCAAACCGCCCGUUCGUCCGAACCAGCGCGCCGGCCCGGCCCAGAAGGAGAACGUGCCCACCAGUCGGGCGCCCCCUCCGCCAAGUGCAGCCAAGGUCCAAGCCCAAGGCGCUGAGAACCAGAAACAAAGGCAAAAACAAGGUGUCGGCAGUCGAAGGUCCAGGAAUCGCAGCAGAGGCCAACUUCUUGUCAAAAACUCAAAAGCCACAACUUUGCAGUUUGAGUCAGAUUUCGAUUUCGAAACUGCAAACGCUCAGUUUAAAGAUGAGCUCACUAAGGAGGUUGUGGUGGAGAAGGUGGAUUCUGGGGAGGACCCGGACAGCCAAGGUGCGCCGGAGGAGGAUGAGGCUCUGGGAGAAAAGUACUAUGACAAAGCCAAAUGCUUCUUCGACAACAUCUCCUCCGACCUUAAGCCCAGGCGAACCACCUGGGCGGAGGAGAAAAAGAUGAACAUGGAGACGUUUGGCGUGCCCGGGCGCUUCCUGCGAGCCAGAGGAUUCAGAGGUCGCGGGCGCAGAGGGCCGAGCGCCGCUGAGCAGCGACCCCUCCCAAAAGAUGUUAGUGGGAGGGUGUGAGGGUGCUUCUUUAUGUUGACCUUUUCUGUAGAUAUUGUAGUUUUCUACUUAUUUAAAAAAAAAAGUACCUCCUGUUUUUUUUCCCCGAAUUUAAAGUGGAAACAUUUUUUUUUUUCCUCAAUCCCAAAUUUAUGAAGUUUUAUGUGAAAUGGGAGAGCAAUUUCUUUUAAUCAAGCAGCUGUAUGCUCGAAGCAAAUUUAUUAAUUUGCAGUUGGCUUGGUGAAAUGCAAUGUGGAAUUUUGUCUUCCAGCCAGCCAGCAGGCACAUAAAUGAAGUUCUGCUUUUUGCUGAAUAUAUUCUGUCUGAGGACUUCUUUUUUUUUUUUCUCUCCCUUGUAAAAUGGAAACUGUGGAGGACUUUAACAGUUGUUAUUAAAUAACAUCAUUAUCAGAAUG